UAUAUGCAUGGGGAACAGUGGUCUCUCUGGUGCUUGCUUCCUUAAUCUUUUCUGGACCUUCGUUCAAUAUCUACCAUGAAAUCCCAAGAAGACUCUUCUUCAAAUUCUCGGUUUACUUAUCAUGUGUUCUUGAGCUUCAGAGGCAAAGACACUCGCAAGGCUUUCUCUGACCACCUCUACACAGCUUUGGUCCAUGCCGGAUUUCGCACCUUUAGAGAUGACGAUGGAUUAGAAAGAGGAGAAGAUAUCAAGUUUGAAUUGGAGAAAGCAAUCCGAGAGUCGAGGAUGUCGAUAAUUGUCUUCUCAAAGAGCUAUGCAAUAUCGACUUGGUGCCUUGAGGAGCUAGUGAUGAUACUAAAACGUAGGACUUCUGGACAUGCAGUUCUUCCUGUCUUCUAUGAUGUGGAUCCAUCUGACUUGAGGAAGCAGAGCAGUUUCAAAGAAGCGUUUGCAAGACAUGAAGAGAAACUCAAACCAGAAACAGGAGAACGAAAAGAGGAAUUGAAGGAAAAAAUAGGAAUAUGGAGGGCUGCACUUAGAGAAGUUGCAGAUGUGACCGGGAUGAACUUGAAAAAUCAAGCUGAUGGGCACGAGGCAAGGUUUAUCCAGAAAAUUAUAAAAGUUGUUGGAGAUAAAUUAAGUUGCACAACCUUGGGUAUUGACCCCCACCUGGUUGGAAUAAAUUCACGAGUCAAAAACAUUCAGCUAUGGUUAGAAGAUGGGGCAACCAAGAUUGGCAUAGUUGCAAUUUGUGGAAUGGGUGGAAUAGGCAAGACGACCAUUGCAAAAUUUCUGUACAAUUUGAACUCUCCAAGUUUCGAAGGCAGCAGUUAUCUUGAAAAUGUAAGGGAAAUUUCCCAGCGAAAAAAUGGCUUACUUCGUCUACAAAGACAAAUUUAUUCAGAUAUUUUGAAGGGAAGAAAAGUAAGACUAAACAGUAUUGCUGAAGGAACAACUAAGAUUAUGGAAGCCAUAUGUUGCAAAAAAGUUUUUGUAGUUCUUGAUGAUGUGGAUAGACUCGACCAAUUAAAUGCACUACUUGGAAUGCAAGAUUGGCUUUUUUCAGGGAGUAAAAUCAUCAUAACCACGAGGUGUGAGCAGUUACUAAGGGCUAAUGAAUUCUCUAAGGUGCAUAGGGUUGAAAAUUUGGGUGAUGAGGAAUCCUUAGAGCUCUUUAGCUGGCAUGCCUUCGGAAAAUGUUGUCCAAACAAUGGAUAUGAAGAGGUCUCAAAAAGAGUGGUACAAUACUGUGGAGGGCUUCCAUUAGCACUUAAAGUUCUUGGCUCUUCCCUAUCAGGGCAAUGCUUAAAUGUAUGGAAAAGUCAAUUAGACAAAUUGAAAACGUUUCCCGAAGGUGAAAUCCUUGAAAAGCUCAGAAUAAGCUAUGAUUCUUUGCAAGAUAACCAUGACAAAAAUCUAUUUAUCUAUCUUGCUUGUUUUUUUGUUGGAAGCAAUAAGGAUUCUGCAAUUACAAUCUUAGACGGAUGCGAGUUUUCUACAGUGGUUGGGAUUCAAAACCUCAUGGACAGAUGUCUGAUAUCAAUUGAUAAAAGUAAUAAUGUAGUGAUGCAUCAUUUGCUUCAAGAAAUGGCAAGAGAAAUUGCUUGCCAAGAGUCACCCAAGGAACCGGGCAAACGUAGCAUCCUUUGGAAUCAUAAGGAUUCCUUUAAUAUUUUGAGAGACAACACUGGCACAAGCAAAGUAGAAGGGCUUAAACUCGAUGUGUGUUUGUUGAAGGAAGAUAAAUAUGUGAGUCCAGUCUUUGGUGCCAGCAGAAAACGACGCUUUGAAAAGUUCCUCGAGAAGCCCAUAUUGUCAAAUUUGGGUUGUUCACUGAAAAGAUAUGGUUUCAGCAUGUUCUCCUCUGACCUCGAAGCCACAAAAAAUGCAAAUCCAUUAGUUUUGGAAGCUGAUGCAUUUGGAAGGAUGCGCAAACUAAAGCUUCUGCAGCUCAAUCGUGUACAUAUUAAUGGACCCUAUGAAAAGCUUCCCAAAGGAUUAAAAUGGUUGUGUUGGCAUGGAUUUCCACUUAAGUCCUUACCUAGUGAUUUCCCUUUGGAAAGCCUGGUUGCUCUUGACAUGCGCUAUAGCAGCUUGAAAAAUGUAUGGGAAGGAACAAAGUUUCUAGUGCUAUUAAAAAUCCUCAAUCUGAGUGAUUCCCCUAAACUUACCAAAACUCCCGAUUUUUCAAAAAUCCCCAAUCUUGAGAGAUUGAUGCUUAAAAAUUGUGCAAGUUUGGUUGAGGUUCAUGAAUCCAUUGGGUGCCUCGAGAGACUUGUUUUGCUGAAUUUGAAAGACUGUAGAAAUUUGAGGAAGCUUCCGAGAAGUAUUGGUAUGCUAAAACUUUUGGAAAAGCUUGUCAUCUCUGGUUGUUCAAAACUUGAGGAAUUGCCAACAAAUGUGGGAAAUUUGGAGUCUCUAACUGUGCUCAAGGCUGAUAGAAUUGCCUUAAAUGAAUCUCUCUCUACCAACGGGCAGGUUAACGCUAUGCGACCUUUCAUUCAGUCUUGGCUAUUGAAGCCAAGAAGAAGUCCAGAUAUCUCAUGGGCUUCUUUACCAUGGUCCUUGACGGAACUAAGUCUUGCGGGCUGUAAUCUUUCUGACAAUGCUUUUCCCACAAAUCUUAGCAACCUAUGCUCGUUGAAGACUUUAGAUAUCUGUUCUAAUCCAGUUUCUAGCCUCCCAGAUUUCAUUAGAGGUCUUACAUUGCUCGAGAAACUUAGCAUAGCAGAGUGUCCAAGGCUCCGGAAACUUGUUGGGCUCCCACUAGUACGAUCACUGUAUCUUGGAAGUAAUAAACUGCUGGAGGAAGUAACGUUUGGAAGCUUUCACGGUCCAAAAACUACUUGUCAUUUUGACACAUGGGACCAUAAAGGUAAGACCGUGGGCAUUUUCAAAUUAGAACCCAUAGGAAAUGUAGCAGCUGAGAUUACAAAAAGUUUGGGGCUAACGAACUUGGAAUCCAUGGAAAACGCAAUUGUAAAGCUAUCGUCAUGGUGUGGCAAGGAAAAACAGGCGCUUCCCAUCCAGGGAUGUCAUGGAACAUAUAUAUUCUCCGCUUAUCUUCCCGGUAGCAAGGUUCCCCUAUGGUUCAAUUUUAACAAUCUUGGAUCCUCGUGCAAUUUUACUGUGCCUUCGAAUCUUGAUUCCAGAGUACGAGGCUUGAGUGUUUGUUUUGUGUAUGAGCUGUCCGGUGCUCCACCCGAGUAUUAUUGGAAACAGGACACACAUACUUCCUUAAGUAAUAAAACGAAGGGUUUGAUUUGGAUCCAUUGCCCAGAGGUCUUUGGGGUUGGAGAAGCUGGAGAGGAUAUCACGUGGUUAAGUUACUGGAAGUUCGGGAAACAGUUACUGGAAGCUGGUGACGAACUUGAUGUUUCAGUGUUUGGAGGUGCAUUUGUGCAAGUAAAGGAGGUUGGAGCCCGCCUUCUGUACAAUAAAGAACAAGAAGAGAUGAGUUCCCAAUCAGCCAAUGAAGAAAGCGUAUCCCUCUGUACAUUCGAAAAUAUCAUUCGAGGAAAUGUUUCUGCACAAGAGGGGAGGACGAGGUUGUACCAACUCGGCAAGCAUGUUAAUGGACAUCUCUGUGUGUAUUGCCGACGUUUGUACCCUCAACCUUGGAUCCCUGCCUCUCCUUAUGACAAUAGUGAUUUCGUUGAAUGUCCGGCUUCAAAAAGGCAGGCGCCGAAGUCGUAUUAUUAUGUUUCUGAUUCGCGCUUAGUCGAAGAUCUUGGGUUUUGA